CGCGUGGCCGCGUGGUCUGUAUAAUAAUAAACAGGCGGGCGGAGCCUCCGACAAGACGACGACGGCGACGACUCUGCGGGGAGAUUGUGGAGCUCUCUGAAACGAUCAAUCUUUUAUCUUCUCUUCAUCGUUACUGAUUGAUCAUUUCAGAUCUCCCGCGCUCUCCCCGCCGAUUUCACGUCGUUAUUUUCUGCACUUGCAUUCAAGUUUCAAUUUAUCCUGUAAUUUUUUGUUUUUGUUUUUGUUUUUUUUUUACUUUCACUUUCUAUGUAAAAAUUGGCCUCCUCGUAGUUCGAGUGCGUUUGGCGGGAAAUCAAUAUUUGUCAUUGUCUUAGAUUUUCGUCGUUUUGGGAGGUUUAUGAAGUUUGAAAUGCAAGACUAGCAAUUAUUGUGUAUUUGUAUUUUUCUAUAUGCAUUGAGGCCUUGAGGGUGUAUAGAAAAACGGACAGGGGAUUUGAGUGUGAUGGCGGUUUCCGAUAAUGCGAGAGGGCUAAUUCUGGCAAUGUUGUCAAGCUUGUUUAUCGGGACGAGCUUUAUCUUGAAGAAGAAGGGGCUGAAGCGUGCUGCCGCCGCCGGUACUCGAGCAGGUGUUGGAGGCUAUUCUUACUUGCAAGAACCUCUUUGGUGGGCUGGCAUGAUUACUAUGAUUGUUGGAGAAGUUGCAAACUUUGUGGCUUAUGUUUAUGCCCCAGCAGUUCUUGUGACCCCCCUUGGUGCAUUGAGUAUAAUAGUCAGUGCUGUUUUGGCACACUUUAUGUUGAAAGAACGACUACGGAAACUAUGCAUGCUGGGUUGUGCUUCGUGUAUUGUAGGGUCUGUGGUAAUUGUAAUACAUGCUCCUCAGGAGCGUGUGCCAACUUCUAUUCAAGAAAUCUGGAAUUUGGCAACUCAACCAGCAUUUUUAGUUUAUGUAGCAGCAACAUUAUUAAUUGUGAUGGCAUUGAUAUUGCAUUUCGAGGCUCAGUAUGGGCAGACAAACUUACUGGUUUACUUGGGUAUCUGUUCCUUAAUGGGUUCACUGACGGUUGUGAGCAUAAAAGCCAUUGGAAUUGCAAUAAAACUUACUCUAGAGGGAAUAAGUCAAAUUGCAUAUCCCCAAACAUGGUUCUUUCUCAUGGUUACAGUGAUAUGUGCAAUCACACAGUUGAAUUACCUAAACAAGGCACUUGAUACAUUCAAUACUGCAAUUGUUUCUCCAGUAUAUUAUGUAUUGUUCACCACCCUUACCAUUGUUGCGAGCGCAAUAAUGUUCAAGGACUGGGCAGAACAAGAUGCUAGCAGCAUAGCAUCUGAGAUAUGUGGAUUUGUGACUGUACUUUCUGGAACAAUUAUACUUCACGUUGCUAGAGAACAGGAACCAACAAAUCCUCCGGGAACCAUAAUUUGGUAUGAUGAAGAACAGAUAAAAGAUAUGGAGGAUGCACAUUAUAUUACAUUGCAGAGUUCAGAGUAUUUCACAUGAUUUUAUAUACGGAGAUGGUUGUGAUUUAUGAGAGCCUCAUUCCCAGCAGUACAAUAUGUCCAAACUGAUUUCAUUUGCAGCUUCACGGGAAUAGAAUUCCUUAUUUUUGCUAAGCAAGUACUUCCACUUGCUAGUUCUUCUGAUUGAACAAGUUGCUGAGGCCUACAUAGGGAGAAAUGUGGUUUGAUCAAUUCAAUGUGCAUUAUCCGAAGAAAUCUUGAUCUGUUUGCAGCAACGCGGAACUUGUGGAUACUGCAUCCGUUUGAGGUUUGUUUAGAUAAGUCUUGUUCUUCUCUUUUGAUUUUGAAUUCUUUGGUGUAAAAUCUUGUCCAACCUGAGUUUAUACUGUAAAAUGGCAGUCAUUUUCUUGACCCUUGCUUAUACGGUUCAAUAUUGAAGAUGGAAGUCUUGUUUAGAAUCUGGUUCAACUAAAAAUAUUUCCAACUGAAAGCUUAAGCUGUUGGUUACAGUAUAAACUUCUCCAGCCUCCAGGGUAGAUAUUGUUGCUUAAAAUGCUUGGUGUAUUUGAACUUUGAAGAAAAAGAAAUGCAAUGUUCUCUUUAUAACCA